UUCAGCUUUCAGGAAUGCUAUACAAGCCACCAUGGAUAUUUAUAUAUUGUACUAUUAUCAAAGAUAUUUCAUAUAUAUAGGUGCAGUGAUUUCACUGCAUUGAUAAAGUUGAAGGAUUAGUGAAAUGGGUAUCUGCAUAUCAGUUCCAGAAAAAGAUGAUGAUGAUGAGAAUGUGACAAUAUUUGAAGAAAGGAAGAAGGUCCUGAAUGGGAGUCAGAGACUCUUCUCUGUUUACUCCAAACAGGGUACCAAAGGACUCAACCAAGAUGCUGCCUCUAUUCACCAGGGUUAUGGAACGGAAGAUGGAACAUUUUGUGGUGUUUAUGAUGGUCAUGGAGGGAAUGGACACAGAGUGAGUAAAAUAGUAAGCAGUCAAUUAUCUUCCCUCAUUCUGGAACAAAAGAAUGUUCUUGAAAAGAUUGAUGCUAUAGAAAAUGGUUGUCACAACACCACCCCAAAAAACCAUGUUGGCACAAUGAAAGAAAACUCAGAUGCAAACAACUUUCAGAAAUGGAAAGAAGCAAUUGUUAGUGCCUUCAAGGUGAUGGAGAAAGAGGUCAAGCUUCAGCAUAAUCUAGAUUGCUCUGGCAGCGGAACCACUGCUGUAGUUAUCAUAAAACAGGGUGAAGGUCUUGUCAUAGCAAAUCUGGGUGAUUCGAGAGCAGUGAUGGGAACAAUAUGUGAAGAAAAACUCGUAGCUACCCAAUUGACCACGGAUUUGAAGCCCGAAUUACCUCGAGAAGCAGAAAGAAUAAGAAGGUGCAAUGGUUGUGUGUAUGCAUCAAAGGAAGAACCAGAAAUCCAGAGAGUGUGGAUGCCCAACAAUGAACACUCCCCUGGCCUAGCCAUGUCUCGAUCUUUUGGAGAUUUCUUGCUCAAGGAUUAUGGUGUUAUUGCUAUCCCAGAUAUUUCUCACCACCCUUUAGCAUCAAGUGAUCAAUUUAUUGUUCUUGCUAGUGAUGGGGUAGGUGAUAUUUGCAGAAAAGAGUGUUAUGUCUGCAUGCAAGAUUCAAAACAAAAAGAAACAGUUAGCAGCACACUAUUUAUCAGAGUGUGGGAUGUACUGAGUAACGAUGAGGUUGCAUCAAUUGUGUGGAGUGCAGAGAGUGAAGAGGUUGCAGCAAGAGCAGUAGUGGAAGCAGCCACUGCUGCAUGGAAAAACAAGUUUCCUUCAUAUAUGGCAGAUGACUGCACUGUGGUUUGUCUCUUCUUGCACCAGAAACCACAACUUCAGCCCUUUAAAAACUAACCUUCGUUAGUUAGUGCUCCUUCACUAAUAUUCUAGACACCAUUUCCUCAAAUCAUGCUUUGUGAAAAGUCCACAAUGAUGUUCAUUGAAAACUAGAUGUUGUUAGCAGGGCCAAGAAACUGAGAAAGAGGUAUUGCUUCAAUCACUGAUAGAUAUUGCAUGUAUUUCAGCGAGCGUUUUGUAGAGUUAAUUUUAAAUAAAAUUGAUAUUCUUAAAAUUAAAUAAUGUAAUGCUUUUAGAUGUUUUAUUUUAAAAGAAAAUAGUGAUAAUAUACAAUUUAUAGCCAAACAAAAAAGUUUGCUUUAAAAUUAAUUUAAAUAAUUUAUUCUAGAUCCAUACACUCAUAUAAUACCGAUUAGUCACUUACUGUACAAAUUUAUCGAAUAUAAUACCGACUAAUUCAUAAGUGAAGGAUCAAUAUGUAGUGUAUUUGUCCAAGACUAGAAACUCUUCACAAUAGUUCUCAUUCAUUUCAAGUGCAUCAUAAAAAAUCUUAUGCUAUAUAGUAAAUACCCUCUCUUCUCAACACAAGAAAAAAUCCUUCCCAGUAAAAUCCAAAUGCAAAAUACUG